UUUAAAGAAACGUUGGCAUACAAAUCGUUAUAAAGCCGGCGUAAAUAUGUCAGUGAGUGAUAACGUUAAUCUAUUAUCAAGAUAAAAAAAAAAAAGUUUCAAACAAUUACAACUGACCAACAGCAAUAAUUUUUUAUUAAACGCAUUGUUUGGAUCAAACCUGACAUCGCGUGGAGUUAAGUGGAAACAUCUUCUUAUAUACACUAUAGUGCCACGCGCAUUGGUUUUUUUUUUUGGAUAAAAUAAAUAAUAUCAUUUCCCAUAUAAAAGCUGGUGUAUCUACUGUUGCAAUAGAAUUUUUUUUUUCCAAUUUCUUUUGUGUGCUUCUAUAACAACACUCGUUUCAUAGUAAUCAAUAAAAUCAAGCGAGAAAUGACCACAGAAUCCAUUAAACAAAAUGAAGAUAAUGUUCCACUAUUGGAAGCAGAUGAAUUAUUAAAAAAUAAAAUGGAAUUAUUAACAAAUCAUUUUCGUGAUAAAUUUAAUUGUCCACCUUCAUUUUUUGUCCGUGUACCUGGACGCGUCAACAUAAUUGGAGAACAUGUCGAUUAUUGUGGUUACGCAGUUUGUCCAAUGGCUAUUCAGCAAUUUAUACUUGUCGCUGUUGCUCCAUCAGAAACAGAUGAAUUUCAUGUCAGUAAUUUUGAUCCAAAAUAUACGGAUUUUAAAUGUCAAGAUUUUAAAGGCAUAAGCAAUCGAAAUAUAAAUAAUUCAAACGAAGGUCCCGAUUGGCAUAAAUAUUUUCUUUGUGGAAUUAAAGGAAUAUUAGAAAUUAUACCAAAGGAAAAUAUUCCAAAUGGAAUGUUAGCGGCAGUAUGGGGAAAUAUUCCAGCAAAUUCUGGACUUUCUAGUUCUAGUGCUCUUGUAUCUGCCGCUGCUUUGUCCACAGUUCAUGUUUGUCAGUAUUCGAUGACAAAAGAACAGCUAGCAACAAUUAGUGCGAGUGCUGAAAGAUAUAUAGGAACAAUGGGAGGAGGAAUGGACCAAGCCAUUGCUUUCUUAGGCAAAGCAGGUUCAGCAAAAUUGAUAGAAUUUAAUCCUCUGCGUGCGACAAAUAUAACAUUGCCUGAACAUGCAGUUUUCGUAAUAGCACACUCUCUGGUGUGUCACAAUAAAGCUUCAACUACCGACUUUAAUCUCAGAGUAGCAGAGUGCCGGUUCGCAGCACAGAUAUUAGCGAAGAAAAGAAAUGUUAAUUGGAAGACUAUACAAAAAUUAAUUGACAUUCAAGAAGGUUUAAAAAAAAAUCUUAAGGAAAUGAUUGAAAUUGUGAUGGCAGAUAUUAAAGACGAGCCAUAUACUCUAAAUGAGAUUCUUGAGAUAUUAGAAACAACAAUUGAGGAACUAGAAAUUUAUUCAAUCAAAACAUCAUUUAAUCUCUCACAGAAAUAUAAACUUCGUCAAAGAGCUCUUCAUGUUUUUCAAGAAGCUUUGAGAGUAAUGACUUUUCAAAGAAUAAAUGAAGAUAAAACAAUAAAAGAAGAUGUGAAACUUCAACAAUUGGGGAAUCUCAUGUCUAAAAGUCAUUUCAGUCUUUGUAAAUUAUAUGAAUGUAGUCAUCCCCAAGUUGACGCCCUUGUGAAUUCAGCACUUGAUUCUGGAGCAUUGGGAGCAAGACUCACAGGGGCUGGAUGGGGUGGUUGUGUGGUUGCAAUCACAACUAGAGAUAAUGUAGAAAAAUUUUUAGAAGCACUUAUAGAGAAAUAUUAUAAUAGACAAGACUUGCAGGAUGCUGAUAUAAAAGAUUUAGUUUUUCCAACGGAACCAUGCCAGGGUGCUGCUAUUUAUAUUUCUAAAUUUACAUAAAAAAAAAAAAAUUUGGAAAAUUUAUUUUUU